UCACACACAUACCGAUACACACAAACACACAAUAAGGGUUUGGUUCUACUGCUUUUACUAAAACACACUUUGUAAUAUAAUAGAAAAUGAAAAUAAAUGAAGAAAUACGACGCAGUGAUCACAUGAAUAGAGGAUUAUCUUAUUUUAUGAAUCAGCUGACUUGUGAUCUCCUGUGUUACCACUAGAUGACACCUCAGCAUCAUCUUUCUCCACUAGCAAGAACUGUGAACAUGGACGAGAUUCAUGUACUUUCUUAUUGUGUUACUAAUAUCAUCUUAUAGAGGAGAAAUUCAUCAGAUCACAAGAGAAACAAAGCAGCUGGAAUGCUGCAGAUGUUGCCACCAAGUCCGACUUGUAACACAGUGAGACAGGAAGCAAGGGGGCAUGCCUUUCAAAACAAGAGUCUCAUUUCUGUCCAUCGACUCUUUCUAAAGCCACUUCCUGUUCCCUUUGAUUUCCUUGUUUGAUCUUAUUUUGAAGGGCAGCUGUCACUCUCUGUGAGUGAUGUUGUGAUGGAGGAGGUGGGGUUACAAAACAACAUCUGCUUCAUUCAAGUGUCACUGUGUGCGGGGCAGCCAGCAUAUUUCCCAUCGUGGAUUCAUCCCCUCGGAUAUAAAUGACUGAUUGCCUAAUGGUUUCCUCCGAUUUCACGGCCGCUGAGAAGAUGGAGAUCGAGAGCAUCAAGACGUAUAAGAAGAACCUUCUGGAUGACAUCCAGAAGCUGAAGAUGGAGAUUGACAGCAUCAUGGCGGAUGUCCUCACCUUCGAGUCAGCGGAGGAGAAUAAGACGGAGGAGAAGAGCAAGCAGUUCUCUAACGGGAAGAAGAAGUUCAACAUGGACCCCAGGAAGGGCAUAAACUACCUGGUGGAGAACAAGCUGCUGGAUGGAGACGCUCCAUCCAUCGCUGAUUUCCUCUACAAGGAGGAGGGACUCAACAAAACGGCCAUUGGAGAGUUUCUGGGAGACAGGGAGGAGCUCCACCUCCAGACCCUGAAGGCCUUUGUGGAGCUGCACGAGUUCUCCGACCUGAACCUGGUCCAAGCCCUCAGACAGUUCCUGUGGAGCUUCCGUCUGCCCGGCGAAGCCCAGAAGAUCGACCGUAUGAUGGAAGCUUUCGCCACACGUUACUGUGACUGUAACAUUAAUGUCUUCCAGUCCACUGACACGUGCUACAUCCUGUCCUUCGCCAUCAUCAUGCUCAACACCAGCCUCCACAACCCCAACGUGAAGGACAAGACACCUCUGGAGCGCUUCAUCUCCAUGAACCGAGGCAUCAACAACGGAGAGGAUCUGCCUACUGACCUGCUCUCGAAACUGUUUGAGAGCAUUCGCAACGAGCCUUUCAAAAUCCCAGAGGAUGACGGGAAUGAUCUGACUCACACCUUCUUCAACCCAGACAGAGAAGGCUGGCUCCUCAAACUUGGAGGUCGCGUUAAGACGUGGAAGCGGCGAUGGUUCAUCCUGACUGACAGCUGCCUUUACUACUUUGAGUUCACCACUGACAAAGAGCCACGAGGAAUCAUCCCUCUGGAGAACCUCUGCGUGAGAGAAGUGCCGUACCCUCGCAAACCGUUCUGUCUGGAGCUGUACAACCCCAACAGCCGAGGGCAGAAGAUCAAGGCGUGUAAAACGGAGACAGACGGCAGAGUGGUGGAGGGGAAGCACCAGUCUUACACCAUCUGUGCCGCCGGCGCGGAGGAGAGAGACUCCUGGAUCGAGGCCAUCAGAGCGAGUAUCACCAAGGAUCCGUUCUACGAUCUGGUCUCUGUACGCAAGAAGAAGGUGAUAAACCAAGCUCCUCAGGACUGAGCGGGCCGGCGCCCCUCGUGGACAUUAGCAGUACUGCAGCGCAGCGCCAUUCACCCUCAACACAGCCGAGUUAGGACACCGGAGGCUGGACUCGGACAAAGGUCGUCUAGGAUACAAGAGAGACUUCUCAUUCCACUUCCUUUUUUACAGACUAAACUAAAGGUGAUCAUGUUUUUUGUACAUCACACACAGCACAAAAAGGCACUCAAGGUGUCGAUGAAUCUUCUGCAGGGAGAACUUGAUUUUUUUGGUUGAUAUCUGCCUGCUGCGCGAGGUUUAGUUUGGCGGGUCAGGCGGAGGAACGAAGCGUGGGACGCCUCGGCAGCUCGGCCGGACGCUACAAAAGAGGAAGACGUUUCUCGGCCUCCUAAGCGACCACAAACAAAACGCUUAAAGAAAAGACGCCUCGUCAUGCAACGCCUCGGUUCUGGUUAGGUGUUAUUUGAGGAAGGUUGCUCAUGCCUCGUUUUGUAAAUACAGAUAUGUUUGAUCACGUCAAACUACUCUUUUGUUUUUAUUGCAAAGUGUGUACUGUAAUAUAUGAAAGAACUGCGUUAGCUCCUCUUCCGCCGCGUCAGUUUGAUGUGUCGUGCAUUAUUUAAUAAAAAGUAUUCUCCUGCUUGUUGA